CAACCAAACUCGAUUUGCGACGGGACGUCCCGAGCCAUCCUAAUCACGAAUAUGCAGUCCCUCGGAAAAAGAAAGAGAAGCGAGGAGGAUGACGUCGAAAAGGUUUUUGCCAAAUACUGGGGCGAGCUGCACCACGCCCUCAAGACCGCCAAAGGCUUUGAGAGACAGCGCCAGUCCAAGCGACUCCACGACCGAAGCACACCACAGGACAAGAAGGCCAGGAUAGAAAAUGAAAUUGUUGUUCUCAAGUCCCUCGACCUCUACCAGGCCGCCCAUGCCCACCUCUGCUUCUCCCUCCUUCGCAUCAAGCGCAUUGCCGAAUGCCCCAACCUUCCCGAGGCCGUGAAGCGCGGCGUCUCCAAGCCUGUGCUCACCGAAGAAGAACGAACUGCGCUGCACAACGUUACGAGCGCCCUCUGCGCUCGCCAAGAGGUCCGCACCGUCACAGACAAGGCGAUUACGGGGAUAUGCAAGGCGAUGGGCAUCGAGCCUCCUGAGAAGAAGGGCAAGAAGGGCAAGAACCAGCACAAGGAGAGGGACGAGUCAAAGACCAACGAGGCCAGAACAAAUGGAGACAACAAGACGGCCAAGGAUAAGAAGGAGGAAAAGGAAAAGACAAAGACCAAGGAGAAGCUCGCAAAUAAGGAAGCCGUAACAGAAGAAAACUUGGACGACGACGACGACGAAAAACCAGUCAAUGAGGAAGAGGAAGAGAAAAUUCUCUCCAAAUACGACGACUUGCUCGGUGGCUCGUCUUCCGAUUCGGACGCAGAUGACGAGGAAGAUGACGAGAGAUUUGCUUCCAAGGCUGCGGUCAAGAAGCGUCCUAUCGCAAAGGAGCUUGAUCCGAUGGAGAUUACAGAUGAUGAAGAUGGAGGCUACGGCAAUGACGGAGACCUAGACCCCAUGGAAAUUACCGACGACGAAGCCGACGACGGCGAUUCGGAACAAAAUGGCGACGGUUCCGACGACGAAUUUGAAGGGUUCAGCGACUUGGAGGACGAAGGAUCCGCCACCAAUCCCCAAGAAGAACGACCCGAAGAAGAAGACGAUGACGAGGAGGACUCGGACAACAGCGGCAUCGACGCCGCCCCCUCAAAAAAGAAGAGCAAGUCCUCCUCCUCAUCAACCGCCAAGACGGAAAAACUCCAAAACUUCACCAUGGACUCCACCUUCCUGCCCACCCUCAUGGGCGGCUACAUCUCGGGCUCCGAGUCGGCCUCGGACGUCGACGUCGCCCCUCCCCGCAAGAACCGCCGCGGCCAGCGCGCCCGCCAGGCCAUCUGGGAAAAGAAGUACAAGGAGGAGGCCAAGCAUCUGAAGAAGCAGCAGAAGGCCAGAGACGACGGUUGGGAUUUGAAGAGGGGUGCGGUGGAAUCUUCGGAUGGCAAGCCGUGGAAGAAGGGCAGUCUUCUUGACCUUAAAAAUAAGGGCAAGGGUGGUAGGGGCGGUGCUGGAGCUGCUGCUGCUGCUGCUGCUCCUCCGGCCAAGGCGCCCAAGAAGCGUGAUGAUAGCGGGCCGCUGCAUCCUUCAUGGGAGGCGAAGAAGAAGGCGAAGGAGAAGGAGAUGCUGUCGGCACCGUUCCAGGGCAAGAAGAUCACCUUCGACUAA